UUCUCUGCUUCUUUAUAUUUGUAUAUAUUGUAUGUUAAUGAUAAUCCAAGAUUGUAUUUUUUUCUUCUUUCGGGGUUCUAGUUUUGACAUUCUUGGUGAUUACUUGGUGGGUUUUUUGAAACUCUAGUUUGUUAAUGGAAGAGGAUGAUGAUUUUUGUGAUUUGGGGUUUUGUGUUUAGUGUUGUUUGUUUGAGCUUCUUUUUCUUUUCAUGUGCAUGUUCUUGAUUUGGUGAUAUGGUGGUUUGAUCUUGUUGUUGAUCAAGUUUAGUUCUUUUUGUCUCUUUUUCCCCCUUUUGAUGUUUGUGUAAGUGAUCAUGCAUUGAAGAAUCUUAGUAGCUAGUUGGUUGACUGUCUGAACCCUCGAUUUUUUACUUUGUAAUCCUCUUCCCUUGCCCCAAUAUAAAUGAAGUAGUGAUCAUGCACUAGUCUGUUUGAUUUCUGAACCUUGAAUUAUGAGUUUGAAUUGGUUAGUUUCAUGUGUUCUUGAUUUUUGAGUUUCUAAUUUCAGAAUUUGACUGCUGGUUUUGCUUGUUCUUUCUUUUUGGUGUGUGUGUGUGUGGAGGGGGGGGGGGGUUGUUUGCCAAUGUUAAAGAUCAGUUUUUUUUUGUUGACUAUGUGUGUUCAAGGAGUUCAUGUAGUGCAGUUGUUGCUGAAUUCUCAUUUUUGUUGUAGUUACUGUUCCUUUAUUAUUAUUUUUCCUCAUAAUGCUUUGUCAUGCUAUCUAUAGUAUUUUGACAUGAUUUUUGAUAUGUUUUUCCUUGAGUCGAGGGUCUAAACAACCUCUCUACCUACCUCCUAAGGUAGGGUUAAAGUCUGCAUACAUUCUACAUAGUUUGUUGUUGUUGUUGUUGUUGUUUAACCAAAAGGAAAGCAAUGAUUUUGCCCCUUAACUUUUCUUCAGAUUGUGCAAUUGUAAAAUAUGGUGUUUUAAUUCAUGCUAAAUGAGCAUUGUGGAAUUGUUAAGACUACUUUUUCUUUUCUCAGUUGUAGUUGACUUGUUACUUUGUUUUAUGAUUUGUGCAGUAGAGCAGUGUUAUUUAACAUCCUCUAAAUAAGGAUGGCUCUUUCUGGGGCUAAUAAAGAUGGAAGAGAGGUGAGGAUUUAUGAGUAUUUGGACGAACUGAACACCGAUUUGGCAGAUUAUAUCGCAGAAUUAUCAGAGGCUUCUGUGAAGGAGAGGGGGGUAUUUGCUAUUGCUUUAUCUGGUGGCUCCCUCAUCAGCUUGAUGGGAAAACUGUGUGAAGCUCCUUAUAGCAAAACUGUUGAUUGGGCUAAGUGGUAUAUAUUUUGGGUGGACGAACGUGUGGUGGCGAAAAAUCAUGCUGACAGUAAUUACAAGCUUGCCAAGGAUGGACUUUUGUCCAAGGUGCCUAUUGUUCCAAGCCAUGUACAUUCCAUUAACGACACGGUCUCAGCAGAGAAAGCUGCUGAAGACUAUGAGUUUGUUAUUCGACAGCUUGUGAGAACUCGUGUAAUCAGCGUUUCUGACAUCAGUGACUGCCCCAAGUUUGACCUCAUCCUUCUGGGAAUGGGACCAGAUGGACAUGUUGCGUCUCUUUUCCCUAAUCACUCCAUACUUGAUGAGAAAGAAGAGUGGGUAACGUUUCUCACUGACUCACCCAAACCCCCUCCAGAGAGGAUUACUUUCACUUUGCCAGUUAUCAACUCCGCGUCCAAUGUAGCUAUAGUUGUGACUGGAAGCAGCAAAGCAGAGGCCGUUCAUUCGGCAAUUGAUGAAGUUGGACCUGACUGCCCGACGUUGCCUGCAAAAAUGGUCCAGCCAACUAAAGGGAAUUUGGUUUGGUUUCUGGACAAGGCAGCUGCCUCGAAACUUGACGGGGCAAAAUUUUCCGAGUAGGGCCAGGCUUUCAAAAAUGUAUGAUGGUGUAUGUAGCAAAGGCAUAUGCAACUUAGUUUAUUCUCAUCUUUCAUCAAGUCUUUUUCUUUUGAUCUUCCCCUCUUUUUCUUCAAAUUUUUGACACCCUUUUCUUGUUUGAGAAGAAAAUGUGGAACUUUUUGUUCUGUUGGAAUAGGUAAUCUUCCACCUGCAGUCCUCUCUUCUGAGGUGGGGUUUGAGAAGUGUGUUUGUUGGGGAAGAUGGCAAUAAAAUUGGAUCCUUUACUAUAA